ACGUCACCUUUAUCUCCCAGGACGAUUGAGCUGGUCUUUAUCCUUCUGCUGCUCUUUGACUUCAUUUACUCGGGUUAAUCCGAUCACAACAUUGCGCUCGUCCAUAUUCCUGCAACAACUCCUGCGCCGAAAAGAUGAAGCACAUGCGCAGCCUCCUCUCGACGGCGCAAGUCCUGCGCCAGGUCUUCUUCCCGCCUCAGCGCCUCAUCCGACCGCAGUACCUCCGCCCUCUACCCCUGGGCAUUCGAACCAUGAAAUGGAACCGUAAAGAUUCCCAAAAAACAGAAUCGAAGGAGGCAAGACUCAUCAAAGACGAGGCCAUUGCAUCGGAAUGGGUCCAGAUGGUGAACGAUAACAACACUUUGGACCCCCCAAUUCGACGCUCGACCGUUCUCAACAAUAUCGACCGUUCUAAAGCAUUCUUGAUCAAGGUCAGCGACGGAGUAGAUGGCGCGCCGCCGGUUUGCAAGUUAGUGAACAAAAUGGAUCUGCGGGAGGCCGAGCGUGCCAGAACCAAGGCAGCUCACGUCACCAGAACCUCCUUCAAACAGGUGGAAUUGAAUUGGGCUAUCGACAACCAUGAUCUUGGCCACCGUCUGAAGAAGAUCACCGAGUUCAUUACCAAAGGCUUCAAGUUGGAGGUUGUCUUGAUGAGGAAGAAGGGCAAACGAGCCCCCACGGCGGAGGAAGUCAAAAACCUCAUGGACAAAGUGGUGGAAACGAUCAAGGAGGCCAAUGGUAUGCAAAUCAAACCUAUGGAGGGAGAGCCAGGGCGGGCAGUUACUAUUACUGUGAGGAAGAAGCCCGACCAGUAGCCUGUUGAUGCAGCUACCCCGGUAGAGAAGGUCACGCUUGUGUAAAUCGGCCCGUAUCUACAAUUGUAUUAUAUAAUCUUUUCCUUACAAGAACGCAAGCUAGGCUUUGCACCUAGGAAUUGUACAAGCG